AUGAAUAAUCAAAGCUCCUCGAACGACCAGUACUUCUACCACUACAUGCCCAACCAGGCCAAUGAUUGGGAGACCCCUCAGCAAUUCGUGGUGCCUUCCGAUCCUCCUCGCACUCGUACAAGAAAUCAAGAAAUACACCCUACUGAAUUUUAUAUAUCUCCUGAGGCCGUUUCUCCUGUAUCUAUCCGUCCUUAUCAGCCACAAAUGCAAAUGGGACACUUGCCUCCUAUACCCGGGCCAAGCAACCCUAUCCAAGCUUCAUAUAUCCAUCCUUAUGUUCCCACUUCUCCUCUUUCCUACUCUGGGUAUAUUCAAGUGGGCUCUCCUAAUAAUGGUACCCUCGUUGCUGCGUCUCCAACUUCCUCGACGGGCACGUCAUCAAGUCAAGGCCACAAUUCGACAUCAAAGAGGCCAAAACCUGUGCAUAGAUGCAAGAUUUGCGGAAAGGAGUACGACAAACCUAAUCGUGCGCAAACUUGUGAAAACCGCCAUGAAGACAACAGACUAUAUAUCUGUAAUGGUGAUUGCGGAGUGCACUCAUGGUGA